AUGGAGAGAGAAGAGGGAGGAUUUGAAACGGACGAUGAAGACGGAGCUAUUUUCGACAUGCCGCCAGGAUCUGAAAACAGCCUCCAGAUCAGGAACUUGCUCAAUGCAUCAUUGGAAUAUAAGAAGGUAACGAAUGUCAAGGACCAAUUGGUGGCCGGGUUGCUCUACUACAUAACGCUGGAGGCGGAGGAAGAUGGUCAGAACAAGGUAUACGAGGCCAAGGUGUGGAUCCAGCCAUGGAUUAAAUUUAAGUCACUUACGGAAUUUAAGUAUGUUGGUGACGCCUAA